AUGGCAACGACUGAGCCAUCUCACUUGCGCUCAGCCAGCAAGAGCUCUAUUUCCGCUCUCGAUGCAGCUCGUGCCCGAAUUCGAAAGGACGACCAGUACUUCGAGCCUCAUACGCCAACACAUCGGAACCGGUCGCUCAUCUCGUCGUUUGGCUCGUCUUCCUCGGCAUUAUCUUUUCGCAACGAAGAAGAUGCCAUUAUAUUUGAAUUUGGAUCGAGAUGGCUAAGGGCAGGCUUCGAAGGAGAGAGCGCGCCAAUGUGCGUGCUGGGCUUCGGACCAGAACAAUCGCGCAGAGUCGGUGAUUAUCGAGGAUGGAUAAGACAUCCAGAGGACGAGAGGACAGCGAAUCGCCAUGCGCAAGGGGUUGAUCCUGAGCAGUGGGUCAAAGAACAUGAAUUGUGGCGCAUGGACCUCAGAGAAGUCGACCUCGGACUCGUCGAGGAUAAGAUUGAGCGGGCAGUUAGGGAGAUAUACAACAAAUAUUUGCUGACGGACGCGGGAAAUGCACGGCUUGUUCUCGUCCUACCUUCCGUGAUGCCGCAUCCCUUAUUGUCGGUGCUUCUUACAACGCUUUUCAACCGAUGGAGGUUUCCAAGUAUUACCCUUCUACCAUCUGCUGCUAUGGUGACCGCCGCUGCGGGACUUCGCUCUGCCUUGGUUGUCGAUCUCGGCUGGGCAGAGACCGUCGUGACCGCUAUUUAUGAAUACAGAGAGGUCGAGGCAAAACGGAGCACCAGGGCUAUGAAGUUAUUAAUGCAGGAGACUGGAAGGAUGCUAUCGAAUCUUGACUCCAACGACGGGCAAAAGCCUUUGCGGGAUGGCAUAUCCGUGAAAUUUGAAUAUUGUGAAGAGGUUGUCUCUCGGCUCGCUUGGUGCAAAUCCGAUGAAAGUGAUUAUGAGAAAUUCAAUAGGGAUAUUGCGAUACCGUCGCCAUCGAAUCCGGAUUCUGCGUACGUCAAAGUCCCAUUCGCAAAGUUUGCGGAGCCUGUGGAAGAGGCUCUUUUCGCGACGGGCAUCGCAGAACGUGACCUGGAUGACCACGAGAAACCCAUCCAUAUUCUCGUUUACAACACGCUCCUGGCGCUUCCGCCCGAUGUCCGUGGCACAUGCAUGUCACGUAUUGUCUUUGUCGGAGGAGGGUCUAAGAUUCCGGGCAUUCGGCAGCGAGUGAUGGCAGACGUCGAAUCUCUGGUGAAAAAACACGGAUGGAGUUCGAUGAGAGGACGAGCGGUUGAGGAGCAUAGAAAGAAGCUGGAGGAACUGAGCAUCAACCGGCAGCGACAACCACCACCGCCGCCGCCGCCGCCUCAACAGGCUACCCCUGACUCCUCCAAUCCUCCAUCUACAGCAGGGGAGAUGACCCCUUCCACAAGCGAUGACAAUGAAAACGGCGAAGAAAAAGAAAAAGAGGAAGAGGAAGUCGAUUUCGUGGAGCAAAAACUGCGACGCAAUCAAAGCAAGGACAUCAAGCCUUUUGUCCACGGGGUGUUCCGCCAGGUCGAGUCCUUGGGUGCCUGGGCGGGCGCCAGUCUCGUGACGAGUCUGAAAAUUAGAGGGGUGGUCGAGGUCGAGCGAGAAAAGUUCCUCCAGCACGGCCUGGCCAGUGCCAGUCGUGACCUGGACGGCUAUCACCAUGGCCCUGAUCGACGAUCGGGAUUCCAUCCUGGCGGCGGCCGAUCAGGUGGUGGAGGAGAUCGCUCAAGCUGGACGUUAGCUGGAUGGGGAUAG